GUUUGUAUUGUUUAGGCUUUGAAUUUUUUAUCAAAUGCAAAUCGAAAAAGAUCUUAUUUCGGGUACAAAUUCAAAACCUUUGGUCGGAGUCCCGGACGCAUGGACUUCAUCAUACCACUUAGGCAACAUCCGCGGGGAUUUGCGGGAGGCGGACUCCCAUGCCUCGAUAUACGGCGAUCAUCCGAUUCAAAGUGAACGACUGACUACAGCUCUGAUUAUCACGAAGAUUGUUAUAUUGAUGAUAGUUUGGUGCUUCUUUACAUUCUAUCUGGUGUUUGAACCACCCGAAAAGAUCGUCUCCACAGUGGUGUUAAUCCAACCGAACGAAACUCUGCUUCGGACCGUUAAGCUGCCCUACGACGCUGCCGAGAUCACCCUGAGCGGUCCCAUCGACAAAACAUUGACGGCAAGUCCAGGUAAAGCCGGUGAUGAACCCGCUAUGGGCCUCCGGGUUGAGUAUCGAGACUCGGACAUGAAAGAAACCUAUAAGCAAACUGACAUGUGGAAUGUUUAUUUGACACAUGACGCGGAUAAGUAUGAGACGGUGAGGAACAUAUUCGAAAUUUCACCGGUUAGGGGUAGUGCCAAGUCGGUUAUUUCGAUGGAGGGAAAGUCGGAGUUCCCGGUGGCCCUGCUAAUGGAGUUUGAUGACCGUCCGAUAAUAUCAUUGCUCGGAGUAAUUUACGCUACCAUGCUGCUAAUCGGACUUUAUAUCCUUGUGGUCUUCGAAGUGACAGACCGCACGUUGGCGGCGCUAUUGAUUGCCUCCACUGCCCUGGCGAUACUCACGGCAAUGGGUAACAGGCCCACCAUGACGACGAUCAUCUCCUGGGUGGACUUCGAGACUCUGAUGCUGCUCAUGGGCAUGAUGAUCAUGGUGGCAAUACUUUCGGAAACAGGACUCUUCGACUGGCUGGCGGUCAUGGCGUAUAGGGUCUCCAUGGGCCAGCCCUGGGCUCUGAUCCUAUUUCUGAGCCUCUUUACGGCCGUGUUUGCCGCUUUUCUCGACAAUGUCACUAUGCUGCUGCUGAUGGCGCCCAUUGCGAUUCGGCUGUGCGAAGCCAUGGCCUUAAGAGUGUCCCUGGUACUCAUAAUUGUGGUGUGCUACUCGAACAUAGGUGGUACUCUGACCCCGGUAGGGGAUCCGCCCAAUGUGAUUAUUUGCACCAAUGCGGUGGUGGAACAUGACGGCAUUGACUUUGCCACCUUCACACUGCACAUGCUGCCCGGGGUACUUCUCUCCUUGAUGGUGGGCUACGGCGUCUUCUAUGGGAUGAUGCGUCAUGCUUUGUUUGAUCUCGACCCGAAGCAGAUCCUGUUAGCGAGAGAGCACGAGAUUAGUAGGGCCCUUCCCGAUGAGAAGACCCUGGCCCGAAUGCGGGAGCUGAUGAACAAGCGAUCAUUGAAGAUGUGCCUCAAGCCGGCUGAUAACUAUUACAUUGUGCUGGCCACGUUGGAGAGUCAGUACCAAAUUCGAAACGUGCCGCUGCUAAUCAAGUCGAUGGUGGCUCUGAUCUUCACCCUCGCUUGUUUUCUUCUUCACUCACUUCCCUUUCUGCCGGGCGCCACCCUUGGCUGGGUAGCUGUCCUGGCUGCUUUUCUUCUACUGAUCCUUGCCAACGUACGUGACGUCGAAGUAAUCCUUGCCCAGGUGGAGUGGUCGGCGCUUCUCUUCCUCGCCGCCCUAUUUGUCGUCACUGAGACGGUGGACCAGUUGGGCUUUAUAUCUUGGCUGGGAGAAAAGACGGUCCAAAUGAUAUUAACCGUGGAAAAGAAGCACCAGUUGACCGUGGCUAUAUUGCUAAUUAUCUGGAUGAGCGCCAUUCUAUCCGCAUUCGUCGGCAACGUCCCUGUCACCGCCAUGAUGCUGAAGCUCGUCGUUGAGAUAUAUCGCAACGAACAAAUUAGUGUUCAGCUUUCGCCUUUAAUUUGGUCAUUGUCCUAUGGUGUUUGUCUAGGUGGAAAUGGCACUAUAAUCGGUGCCUCGGCCAAUGUGGUGGCUGCCGCGAUCGCCCACCAUAACGGCUACAAGAUCUCCUUUAUGUACUUCCUUAUAUAUGGAUUUCCUCUAAUGAUAGUCACGACAUCGGUUUCUUGUAUUUACCUUCUGAUCGCCCACUCAGUAUUCUCUUGGCACCGGACCGAGGGCGAAAGCGACUAAAUAAUGAAGCUUCACAGACGUAGACGUGGUCCGUGACUCCAGUCCACUUGGAAUCAGUGAAAUCAAAAUUAAAGUCCUACUUUCUGUCAGCUAAAUUUUAAGUCAUUUUGCCAAAUUUUAUGUAUUGUGUGUAUAAAAACGUUUUAAAAUUUA